AUGUCAUCAGGAUUGCGACAACCCUUUGGCAAAAUCUUUCCGUCGAAGAAGCUUAUAAACAGGAUCUUAUUCAAACUUGAUAGUAAUGUUACAUCACGAAAUAUUAUACCAUUAUACCGUCAGCUUCAUGAAAAUGGUAAGUUGAUUGAUAGUUCAGGUAUAUCUGGAAAUCCUAAUACACUAUUUUUGAUGAAUAGGGUGUUGUUUGAGGUUAAGAAGCAGACAAAACAACAGAAUGAGACACUGAAAUACAUGGAACUUUACUUCUUGAAGAAAGCAGCGUUACUGGGCCAAGCGGAUGCAAUUUCACUCCUUUGUUUCGAUGUGCUAAACAAUGCUAAGGGCAACAGCACGAAUGAUGUGAAUCACUGCUCAAAACUACUGAAAGCACUGGUGCAAAAGAACCACCCCCUUGCACUAAAAGUAGUUGGAGAUCUAAACUAUUCAGUUAGCCAACCUGAAGAGAGUGCAAAGUGGUAUUCACAGUAUUUGAAAAUAGUACCUCAGGGUAAAGACGGUAUAUGGAGACCCCAGGUUUUGGAAAAGUUGGGGGAGUUGGAAUUCAGAAAAGGUGGUUUCAGUAACGUUUCGAUUGCCGAACAGUAUUUUUUGGAGGCUAUAGGAACUUCUAAGUUACAGGAUUGCGUCAAAUCCUAUUUUUACCUAUCCCAAAUCCACGUGAAUUAUGAUCCAGUUAAAGCCCGGGUGCUACUCGAACAAUGUUGUACCCAAGGUUUUAAGGAAGCUUUUAAGACACUGGGAUAUUUAGAAGCUCAAUAUUUCAAGAACCUCGAUAAAGCACAAGAAUGGUUUAAAUUGGGAAUGGAGUUGUUUGAUUUGGAGAGCUACUUUGGUUACUUUGAUUGUUGUGUACAGUCCAAACAAUGGAUGCAGGCUUACAAGACAUACCAAACCCUUUUGAAGUUGAAACCGACGCAAAGAGGGGCGAACUCAGAGCUCAUAGGUUUAUUUCUGGAAAAAAAGAAUGAUACCAUCAACAAGGUCAUAAUUGAACAUAAGAGAGAUGAUACUGAUGUAGACGCAAAUGGAGUAUCUUCUAUUGCGGUUGAUAUUCAAAGAAGCUCUAAAUGGAGCAUCUAA